GUGUAUUGUGUCCUGGCAGUUCAUGUAUUGCUGAUGCUUAUUAUCUGAAGUGAUAGUCUGCCAAGUAAUAUAAAUGAAAAAGCAACUUAACCUUUUUUAAAAAAAAAUGAUUGACUCAGUCAGACUACGUCGCCAGGGAGCUAUGGACUUUCGCUCACACUAUGAGUACUUGUGUGUCCUUCAAGAUUCUGUCCCCCUAGCUGCAGUAAAGGCCAGCGUCCGUCAAGGCAUCCUCAGUUUUAAUGCAGAUCGGAUUAAACUCUCUGACUGGCCACCUAUUAUUAAUACUCUGAAAAUUAAUAAGAGUUUGACAAGUGUGUCAAUAAAAAGCUGUCAUCAACCAGGACUUGGCGAAUCAGCAGGGGCUGAAAAAUAUGGAAUCCAUUUCAGAAGACGUAUACCACCCAUUCGAUCAAAAGACCUGACUUAUCAGUUAUGCAGAGCAGUUGCAGACUGUUUACGUGUUUCCAGUGCUUUAAAGGAGUUAGACCUGCAUGGUCUUCCUUUACGGGAAAGAGAUCUGGCGACUUUGGCAAAGGGAUUGUCUGCCUCUUCGUCUUUGGAAGUCUUGUCUUUAGCCUAUUCUUCCUGUGGAGAUGAAGGUUUAGAAACCAUUUGCCAAAGUGUAAAGAAUUCAAUGACCAUUAAGGUGAUAAAUUUCACAGGAUGUAGCCUGACCUGGCGCGGAGCAGAGCAUAUCGCUAAUAUAAUAAAGCAUCAGGCAACUAGACGGCACGGUGAAGCUUGGGCAGAGAGCUUAAGAUAUAGAAGACCGGACCUUGACUGUAUGGCUGGUUUGAGACGCAUCACUCUUAGCUGUAAUACUCUUGUGGGUGACCGUGGGGCAAUUGCACUGGCGGAAGUUCUUAUUGAGGACCUUUGGUUGAAAGCACUUGACUUGCGCCAAUGUGGCAUUUCCAAUGAAGGUGCACAAGCAUUGCUCCGAGCUUUUCAGACUAACAAAACUCUUGUGGUACUGGAUGUAAGACGGAACCCACUGAUUGAUCAUUCAUUGCUCAAGACUCUUAUUGAGCGAGUGCUCAUGAAUGCACAUGAUACAAAGUCAGAGUACAAGUGGUUCACUUCUCCUCCUUCAAAAGAUUCAACAAAAGGAAGACCAAAAUGGAAAAACGUCAGUCAGAGAAAUGGUCAGAAAGUAAAGACUCUCCGUAUAGGAUUUUCAAAUAAGAAGACAACAGCACCAGGGCGGAAGGGCACAGCAAAGGACUUGUAUGCUCCUGAACCAAGACCUCCAGGAGCUGAAGGUUUUCUUCCAUGGCGCACUGCAGAAAGGGCCAGCAGGCAUAGGCAAAUGCCAGAGGAUGGGAUCCCAUUAACGCCAGUACAGACAGGUUCUCCAGUUAAAGUAUUGAUGGAUACUGAUACUUCCUCAGAUGUUGAAGCAAGUGCUUUAGAUGUUUUUAACCUUGAGUCUGCAGUAGACAAAUCCCUCAACAAAAUUGGUGCAAAAAAAUACAAGCGUUUACAGGUGGAAUUGGAAGAAUGCCAACGAAGGCUAAACGAGGAAAGAAAAGCAAGAUUAAGAGCUGAUGACAGGAUAAUUGAGUUGGAAGCUGAAAAUAAUCAGUUGAGACGAAUCAAUCAGACCCUUUCCGACUCUCUUCACCAGCAGGCUACAACUUCUGCUAUUUUGGAGGAUGAAGGUGUUCUUGAUAGCAUAGAAAAAUCUUUCAGUAAAUUUCAUUCUUUCUUGGAUCUGUUAAAAGAUGCUGGGCUUGGACAGCUUGCUAAAGUAGCAGGCAUAGAACAAUCUGACUUUGCAUUGCUAGGUGAUCCACAAAUGUCUUCAACUGUAAGUGGAGCUCCCCAGCAGCCUCACGAUAUGUAUAAAGACCUUCAGGGGACAUAUCUAAUUAAUCACGCACAUGGCAGAAAUAAGGAACCUGACCAUAUAAAUCCAUCAGAAUCAUAUCAGUUGGUCGCUGGUGACCUCUCUAUGCCUAAAGAAUUUGAGUUGUACAACUCUAGGAAGAUGAAAAAUGAAAUAGUUUUUGAUCUUGAUACAAAGGAUAUGGAGGGAUACAAAAUCAGUGGGGUGCCGUCCUUGCAUGAAAAUGUUAAUAAUGCAGAAUGUCAGAGAAAACCAAACCUGUCUGAUAAGACCGCAUCUGGCAGUGAGCAUUCUGCUUCAGAUUCCAGCAGAAACAACAAGAAUAGAGCAAGUAAAAAGUCUAAAUCGUUAUCAAGUGAAAAGGAUAGAACGACAUCUUCAAAAAGAAGUCUCCCUAGAGAGGCAAAUAUCCCUGAAGCUGCGGUAGGCAGAGAUCAGAGCGGCCAUAAAAUGUCACACUCCUCUGAUGGCAGCAUAUCGGAAUAUGAGAUACAGGAGCAGAUUCAUUCCUUAGGAAACUAUUCUAGUGGCUCAAAUAGAGGGAGUUUAAAUUGAGAGCUGACACUAAUUUUGUUCUCUUUGUGUCUAACAAGUUUUGAUCCCAUUUGUUUUUUUUAAAACCUAAAACUAGUGAGUUAUUCCAAAACGAUGCAAUUGGAUCUUGGUAAAUUGUGCUGCUUUUAUCCAGUUGCUAAAAAAACAACAAAAAAGUUUGUAUUUUUGUAAUAGUUUCAACAAGACACUGAGAACUGUAUUCAGCUGUUAAAGGGACAGUGUACUGUAUUUCUUUCUUUAAUGUGUUCCCAAUUAUCUAUUACUUGCUAGAUUGUAAUUAUUUAAAAGUAGAUCAUUUAAUUUUAUUUUGUUAUUUGAAAUAGCUGUUUGUGUCUGUCAUAUCGCCACCUACACAGAAAAUGUUAGUAUUUACAUACGGUUUUUAGUAAAACUAAUUAAACAAGAAGGUUAAGAGGAAAUCAUGCUCUCAUGGGGGGGGGGGGGACAAAGAACUUUUCAAUUUUCCUCUCCAAGGGCCUGAUCAAAAACUUGCUGGCAUGAAGAGAAAUGACAUAACAUGUUUGAGAUUUUUUUAGACCUUAUAUUGUGAUGCCUCUCCUUAACCUAAAGAAACACUUCAUAGUGACAUAAACAUGUCUGCAUUCCUCAAUCUUUUGAGGGGCCUCGUCAUACUGACGAGACUGCUUAGAUCAUCUCACCUGAGCAGAGAGCUUUAGAUCAUCAGGUCCCAAGUAUUGGCCUAUGAGUAAACAGUGAGAAAUAACAUGAGGAGGACAUAAGGAGGACUUUGUGUAAAUAAUUAGACAGAUAAGAUAAGAAAGUCUCUCCCUACAAGCACAGCCCAUUUUGGGCCAGAUUAUGAGUGGCGCACUAACAUCUACCUAGUGCUCGUAUUAAAAGUUGAAAGUAAAUAUGAUUGCUUGAGCGCAAUUGAAGUUAACGUGCGUCUGGAUAGUGCGUCCUCACAGCAUUAGUUAGCUGUGUCCCAAAACAGAUAAAAAAUACAUCGAAAAAUACAGUUACACUCAUAAUAACACUAUCUAAUCAAAACUUUUUUUUAAAAAGUUGCACCAAAAAGUGAUAAGGGCUCAAAGAUAUGAUGUCUA